AUUGCAAACAACCAUGUUUCUAACAUACUUCAUUGCAAUAUUCGCGUUCGCCUCAGUUAACGCUGUGGCGCCCAGAGUCUUCACUAGGAUGCUUGAAAAUAAAAUCGUCGACAACAUAAGCAAUGUACUUCUGGAUUUGGAAAAGUUUGAUCCUUACACAAUACCUACACUAAAUUUUCCCGUCAAUGAUGGUAGCGUCAUGGCAAAGGACGUGGAAGUGCAUGGACUUUCUAAAAUUACGGUCAAAGGGCUUAAACUGACCGUCAUACCGCCGGUUGUAGCAAUCGCAGUAGCUUUCGAAAACAUAACAGUUUCAAUUGGCGAGUAUAGCGUGAACAUUACUACCGACUUUGCCCCGGUGUAUGGACUUGGAAAGUUGACACUAACAUCACAAAAUAUUCUCUUGAGUUGUUCAGGCGCCGCUAGAUUUGAUCCACUUGGAGUUACAGAUCUGAAAAUUAGAUUCGACUUGGAUACCUUCGAUUUUAAUGUAACUGGUCUUUUAAACAAUGAAGAGUUCAGUGAGAUUAUCAGUUCUGUCAUAUCAGAUACUGUGCCAGGGCAUUUACAAAAGCAUGGGGCCAUGAUUGGACAAAUGGUAGCAAAACCUGUGGAAGAGAUAAUCAACGGUUUGAUACCUAAUUAGCGAGGGUGGAGAUAUCACAUUUAUUAAUAAAACGUUGAAUGUUGCUGUAUA